AUGAAGUUCAUUUGGGUAUUUACCACUCUUUUCGCUUUCGUUACUGCUGACUCAAACAAUCCAAGCAACGCAGUCAGGGACUUCACGGUCGAUUACAACUGGGGAUGUGGUAAGCUCGGAACCGCUUCCAAGACUGGCUGGUGGACGAUAGGAACAGCCAACGUGAUGAGUUGGUCAUCUGGCUUUUGUCAAGUGACUAUCAAAUCUGGACCUCUUUCUCACUUUGUCCUCAACAUGAAUGGUGAAGAGUUUGAUCAAGUCACUCAGUGGGUGCACAAGGAAAGGUGCAAGCUUAGAGGGCAACGCACCAUGAUCGCGGCGAAGAAUUCUAGUUAG